CAUGACAUAUAGUGUAUUUACUAUCUGACAAAUACCAAAUAUAGUUGUUUUACAUCCAACUGAGAGUAUUUACUAUCUGACAUAUUGCAGUUCUUGAGGCCAACUUGCUCCCUUUCCUUGCCAAACUUCCACCUCAUCACCCAGAUAAUUUCUUCUUCCAGCAAGACAAUGACAGUAAACACAAGUCAAAAAAGACCAUGAAAUGGUUCAGCAAACACUUUACUACCAUUCUUCCUUGGCCCGCCAACUCUUCUGACCUCUCCCCCAUCGAGAAUGCUUGGCAUGAAGUCCAGCACCGUGUCCGCCUACAAAACCCAAAUCUUCUCAAUUCCAAUCAGUAUUUCGAUGCUAUCAAGGCUGAAUGGGGUCUGAGGACUUUCAGGUGUAUGCUCGGCACUUGUAUUAGUCAUUCCCUCGCCGCCUGGUUGCUCUGCGCGAGAAUGAUUUCACGUGGAUUGGUUAUUGACAGAUAG